AUGAGUUCACCAUCUGGCGAGAGGAUACCUCCAGACACAAUUCCUGCACUGGAGCCACAUCCGGAUCAAUUCCAAGCAGAAAACACAAAGAACGCAGAUCACUCCGAAACCAGCGAGCGGAACAUGGCAUUCAGCGAUGUUGAGUCCAUCGAAACCAAUGAGGACGUCGGAGAAGACCAGGACCGCCCCGAUUCCACCGACUUGAUGUUCGAGAAGAAGCAUGUACAGAAAUCAAGGACGCAGUCUAUCCAAUCAGUGUUAUCUACGGCUUCACUUAAGUCCCUUAAGCAACAGUUAUCGGUGAACAAUCUCACAUCCAACCAGCCAAGGAGCAGCAGCAUCAUCAGCACCACCAGCAACUUCAACAACUCGAAGAACUUCCAGUCGUUUAUACAGGCGCCAGUGUUGUCGAGCAUCACGGAUUUGAAGAACAACGAUAACAUCGAGAUUGGCCAAAGGUUGCCAUUUGUAGACAAGAAGGAAGACAACGAAGGCGCAAGAGCCACGGCGACUAGUGCUGGUGGGUCAAGUAAGGUGGCCUCAGACGAAGACGACGACGGUUUAUGGCAGCAGCAGAAGCUUACAAUAAACGCGUUGAAGAAAUUGAGCCUAUCACCUCAACCUAUCUACAACGCCGAUAACGACAGCGACCAUAUCAGGAGUACAGUGGUUAGAAAGACUUCUGCUGCCAAGAUUCCCGUAUUGGAAAAGAUCGUAGAACCGUACAAACCGGCAGAGGUAGACUUAAGCACGUUUGCAAGUUUAACCAGGCAACCAAAGGUCGAGAAGCUCCAAUCUACACAACUGCCACCACAGGCAGACGACACUUCCGAUGCGAGCCAGCAAAAGAAUACCGAAGAGGAAGAAGACCAAAGGGACCUUGAUGCUGCGGAUCCACAAAAGAACGUACAGGAAGCAAUGUCCUUGGAAAGUAGACACGAUGCUAACCUUACGCAGCCUGCUUCUAUUUCAAAUAGUUCCAGCACUUCAGGUGCUUCUACAGGAUCGCAAUUGUCUCGUCAAUCGAAUAACCUGGCGCUGGUACUACUGGCACAGGCAGCGUACCAUAAGGAGCUUCAGGAAACGCAUCAGCUCAGAAACAUCAGGCCCAAUUCAAUGAACAACAAGAUCCCAGCAGCUGUAAUCCCACCCCAAGAUAUGAAUAUCAGAAGGUCUUUGCUGCUGCAUUUGGUUGGUGGAAAAGUGAACAGCAGCAACGGGAACGGCAGUUUAAUAGAAGGCAAAUCCCCUACAAAAGAUUCUCAUCAUCUGAUGAAACAUUUGCAGCAGAUCAAGGGAUUCCGAAACCCUAUGUACGUGCCUGCAGUUCUCCGUAUGUCAGGAAUAAACAAAAAUGGACCUAACGGAUACAGUAUAGACACAAGUAAUGAGAAUACUUCAAAGGCAACAGGGAGCGACAAAAUGACUUCCGUCGAUAAUAUCAAUUCUAAUAAUAAUCAUAAUCAUAAUAAUAAUAAUAAUAAUCAUCAAACCGAUAGCCAUCAUCAUAAUAAUAAUAACAGCAAUAACAGCUAUAUCAACAGCAACAAUAAUAUUAAUAAAAACAGCAAUAGAAGUAACAGGGGUGCUAAUACUAACGACAAUGGUUCGAAUAAUAACGAAAUUGAUGCAGAUUCCAGUCAGAUUGAUAAUGGGAUAGAUCGCACGAACGGAGACUUGACCAACUCGGGCCAAUCCUCUCAAUCAUCGGUAGCCUCUAUAGAAUCUAACGAAUCUACAGUAAACUCCAUGUCUCCACGAGUUUCUUCGGGAAAAUACGAAGAUAUUUCAAGACUGGCACCUACGAGAAGGCAUUGGUUGAAGGAUGAAGCAGUUUUCAAGUGUGGUAUCCGUUCGUGCAACAAACAUUUCAACUUCUUUGAGAGAAGGCAUCAUUGUAGGAAAUGUGGGGGUAUUUAUUGUAAUGAGCAUACAUCGCAUUAUCUUUAUAUCAAUCAUUUGGCUCAAUUCACCACUGGGGGUAGAGGAACACUCUCCAAAGUAUGCGACUACUGCAUUGGCGAGUACAAUGAGUUUAUUAAGAACGAGUUUGGUGUAGAUGUUCAUUCUACAGGACAAAGGUCUGCCAGGAAAACAAAGAGUAGUGUGCCAUUACUGCCGUCAAAAAGACACCCCAAGGCACCAUCCCAUAGGCAACCAGGGGAUGCAGGCAGCAACAGCUCUAACUCUAACUACAAUGACACCGCCAUGGUCGACAAAUUGGGUACAUUACCUUCAGGCAUAUCUACAAUUCACUCCGUAAAGAAAGAUGGUGCAACUAGGUCCGACCAGUUGGUGGGCAGUGUCCCUGCCAAUUGGAGUUGGAGUUCAUUUUAG